AUGUAUAUAGCUAAGUAUACGAAAAUGAAGCGUAAAGUGCCGCUUGAAGAGUUAUACUAUAAGAUGAAUUCGCGAAAAGCCAUUCCACCGAAAGUGCGCGAAUUGAUAACCGAUACUCUCGAUGAUAUAUUGCAUACGAAUAAGCAAUACCUCAAGAUCAAACAUCGUCUUGUCGAGGAUUUAGACUUUCAUGAUGAAUUAUAUGAUGAUACUGAAGCGUUUUCAAUGGAGAAUAUAGAAGACGAUCAAAUCGGUGAAAUUGAUGACGAUGAAGAGGAAAACGAUGAAUGCGAAAAUACGCAGAAUUUCCAAAAUAUGUCAUUUAUUGAUUUUGGCCGAAUGUCGCGAAUAGAAGUUUAUCAAAAAUCUUUGAGCAAAUGUGAUGUUGUGCUAAAAAAGGAGAUUCGAAACUGUAUUUCGCUAUUCUAUGAAUGUGGCAUUAAUUUGCCUGGUCCGGAAAGUGAUGAAAUUAGAUCGGAUAAAUCGAGACAGACGAAAGUUUUGGGAACAGUUUUCUCAAUUCACAUGGAUAAUAUUAAGAUCAAAUUGAAUAGAAAUGAUAAGGAUGUGGAUCAUUACUACGUUUACAUAUCUCCGAGCAAAUUGGGAAUCACAGAAAAGGAGUUGAAAAAUUUCAAGUUGGGUCGAGAGAUAACGGAGUAUGAAAUGGAGUUGAUCCAGAUUAUCGAAUACAUUCUUGUUGAAGAUAGAUACAAGGAUAUCAUUGAAGUCGUCAAUGAGCUUCCAUCCAAAUACUCUCACUUUGAGAAAAAUGAUAUUAUUCGAUUCUUGGUGAAUCAAAAACAUCUUUAUGAUAUUGACAUCAUGGGUGGAGUCAAAUCAAAAGUAAACGUCGAAGUGAUCCAAAAUGAGGUGAAAACUGAUCCACUUGUGGUUUAUACGAAAGAACAUUGCGAAUUUUGCACACGGACAAAAAAUUUGCUAGCUGAUAUCAAACUUCCGUACAAGGAAAUCAAUUUAGAUGAAUUGAAAAAUAAACUGCCGAAGGAAUAUCUCGGAAUUGUGAAUGGUUUGGUGUAUACAACUAGGCAGACAAGUGUUCCACAGAUAUUCGUGUGUGGCAAAUUUAUCGGAGGACACACGGAACUUGAAGCUCUUCAGCGUUCCGGUCAUCUCUUCGAAGCUCUUGCUCAAUGCACCGGCGAAAACGCUCCACGUGAGCAAUAA